UCCGAGUGCAACUGGAACGCAGCAUCAGUGUUUCGCUGCUAACGAGCCAAUCAUUUGAUCCAGCUGUGUUGAACCACUAACAUGCACGAGGACUGACUGUGGACACCCAUGACCUAGUUACCCACCUCUAACACCAAGAAUGUGGUGUUCACCUUCAGCGGUCGACCCUUUUCCCUCCACGUGAGCGGGAAGUCACUUCCUCGUGUUUGUCAUCACUAUCAGCUGGACAAGCCACCGGCAAAGUGUCCUGCCAGCAGAAGGAAACCAACCGCAGGCGGCCAAGAGGAGUUCAGUCUGCUCUCAAGGCGCCACCAUGAGGCUGCUGGACGAGCGGAUCUGGUUGCUAUUCAGGUGUCACUUGCUGCAAACUCUCACCUACUGGAGCGUGUUCUUCAGCUUCGGUCUGUGCAUCGCUUUCCUGGGGCCCACCAUCCUGGACCUGCGGUGCCAGACCCAGUCCACCUUGCAGCAGAUCACCUGGGUCUUCUUCUGGCAGCAGUUCUUUCUGCUCGUGGGCAGCAGUGUGGGCGGGCUGUUCAAGAAAACCCUGCUGUCCUCCCUGUCGGCCCUCUUCGCCUCGGCGCUCAUCAUCUCCCUGGUGUUUGCCGUCAUACCGCUGUGUCACCAUGUGAUCCUGCUGUCCGUCGCCAUGGGAGUGGCGGGAGCCGCCAUGGGGGUCAUAGACACCAUCGGGAACCUGCAGCUGGUGAGGCUCUACCAGAAGGACUCUGCCGUCUUCCUGCAGGCUUUGCAUUUCUUCAUUGGCCUCGGCGCGUUGGUCAGCCCUCUGGUGGUCGACCCGUUCCUGGCGGAGGACAGCUGCGUCCUCUCGGCCAACAGGACUGCCAACUCGUCCGGCUCGGACCUGGAACACCUCCGGAACACGCUGGCCGGACACGGCGCCCCGCUGCACAACGCCUCCCAGUACCCUCUGUACACGGAGGGCGUGGUCGUCACCAGGGUGUCGUACGCUUUCUGGAUCAUGGCUGUUAUCAAUCUCCCUGUCCCAGCAGCAGUCCUCGCAUUGAUGAUCCAUGAGAGACUGGUGCGGUGCUGCAGGAGGAGCCCCCCUCUGCUCAGCAAGAAGCCUGACAGCAGUUCCCAUCCCACCAAGGAGCAGCAGCAAGGACAUGGGGCACUACUGGACUGCUGCAGCCCCAGCAACCUGCAGGGCCACCCCGCUACCUUCUUCAUCAUUCACGCCCUGGGCGGAGCCAUCGUCUUCAUCACCGAUGGAAUUAUAACACCAACUCCUCCUCCAGCGGCUCUGCUUCACCUGCUGCUCUCAUGGUUUCUCCUGCAGGGCUGCUACGCCGGCUUCGUCUACACCUACGCCGUCUCCCCCCCUCUGCUCAUGGGCUACAAGGCAGCCGGCUGUCUGGACAGCGUGUUCUGGGCCUCCAUCACUGCAGGAAGGCUGUGCUUCAUCUUCUUCUCCUACCGAUACGCAGCGCCGGCUCUGCUCUCCGUUAGUCUGGUGGGCGUCAUCCUGGUCCAGCUCCUGCUCCUGAUCUUCUACUCCAGCCGUGUGUUUCUGUUCAUGGCCAGCUGUGUGCUGGGUUUGUGCAUCAGCAGCGUGUUCCCCUCCAUGCUGGCCUUCACUGAGGACGUCCUGGACUACAAAGGCUCCGCCACAAUCGUCCUGGUGACGAGCGCCAGCACAGGAGAGAUGCUGCUGCAGCUGCUUGUGGGAUCGGUGAUCCACAGUAAAGGCAGCUAUUCCUUCCUGUUGUGUACGACCAUAACGUCCUUCAUCGGCUUCUGUCUGUUCCUGCUGCUCCUCUACACCCACCGUGUUCACAGAAACCACCAGACAGAUUCGUCUCCAUGUCUGGCCAUGAAGGACGAGCCGAAGAUCGAAGGCUCCUGAUGUCCAGACAUCAUGACAGCUGGACUGGCUGCGUUAGUCUGAGGGCGGUUCCUACGCUCAGGGUUCCUGGGCUCAAGCCAGUGACAGAAUCAGAACCGCCGUUUCACUGUAACAUGGUACAACAAACACUUUCAACAGACAACAAACUUGAUCAAACUGCUUUAUUUAAAACUGAGGGAACCAAUUUUUCCUCUUGCUGCUAAUAUGAUAUUGUUCUGUUUUCUGUUGUUUUAUUUUUUGCCAUUUAGCCUUGAGAAAAAAAGUAACAAAACAGGAGUUUUAAACACAAUUUUUCAGGUGUUUAUUGAGCAGAAAUGUUUCUUCUGUGGUACAAAAAGAAAUAUAUCAGGUUGAUGAAGACCUGCUGUCUUUCAUGAGAGCAACAGAAAAGUGUAACCGCUUUAUUUCAGCCAGCUGACUGGCAGGGCGCAGCAACAGGCAGUGCUGGUUGUUUUCUCACAGUGGUGUCCAAACCUUUUGUCACAUUUGCCAAGAUAUAAUAAUAAAAAGAAUCCUAAAAUCA